AUGGUACCUCAAAUAGAAGGAGUAUUAUCUUUAAGGAAAAUGUUAGACCAGCUAAAAUUAAAACAAGUGGGUAAAUUAAAAGUUGAAACAAUAAUUAGAUUGAGCCGAUUUGUUAUGACUAAUAAUUAUUUUUCUUAUAAUGGUCAAUUUUAUCAUCAAAUAAGAGAAGGAGCUAUGGGUUCUCCUCUUACUCUAACUAUUUCUAAUUGUUAUAUGUACUUUUUUGAAAGACGAAUAGUUAAUCAAAUUCGAAAUAGUGGUGGACUUUAUUUCCGAUAUAUUGAUGAUAUAUUUAUUACAAUUAAUUGGCCUGUUCGGCAUUUACUCAAACAAAUCGAAAGAUGGAAUAAAUUUGAUGAAAAUAUUAAAUUAUCUGCAAAUAUUGGUUCAAUUGUCAAUUUCCUAGAUUUAAGUAUAGAAAAUCAAGAUGGUCAAUUAUUUACAACAGUUUACCAAAAACCAUCCUACGAACCAUAUUACUUGCCAUUUAAUAGCAUUCAUCCAUUACAUAUGAAAAAGAAUAUCCCAUUUGCCAUGCUUUUACGUGACAUUAGAUAUUGUUCAACAUUUGAGUCAUAUCUAAAUGAGCGUGAAAAGUUAAGAAUGGCUUUAUUACUUAAUAAAUAUCCAAAUAAGAUUAUCGAUGAACAAUUCAAUAAUGUAUUAGUAAAAUUUGGUUUUAACGAACCAUUAACUUCAAUCAAUUUCAAUAGAUCUCGUCAAAAGAUCAUAGAUUCUCCUAUAAAAGAAAAAUUAUUAGCAAAUUAUAAGAAGUCAAUAUUCGUUCAUUUUACUUACUGUUCAAGUAUGAAGACAUUUCCAAUUAAAUUCCAUACCUUAUGGGAGAAAUACUUCGAUAAAUCUCCGAUAAAUGAAGUUAUCCCUAUACUUGGUACUCGAAAUGUCGAUAAUCUGCAAAGACGGUUAAUACAUGCAAAGCCUAAACGCUGA